UUUCCCUGUCUUUCUGAUCCAGCUCGAAGAUCUGUUUUAUCUUUGAAAGUAGCGUUGGUCAUGCUGCAUCUAGUUUUUGCGGGGGUUUUAUUUUUGUUCGACCAUGAUUUGAUUGAGAAGACCAAAAAGGAACCAUGGUACACCGCAAUAUAUGUUUCACUGUUUGUUGCUACACUGGUUCAAUAUUUUGUUACCUCCGGAACAUCUCCUGGUUAUGUACUUGACGCACAGAAGGCUGUUGACGAAAGAGACGCUUUAGCUAGAAGGUUAUUAUUGGCCUCAAAACAACCAGCUUCAAGCCAAAAUGGCAGUGUUUUGAUCACCGUGGAUGGAAGGAACCAUCACAGAGGAAACGCAACUGCUUGGACAAAACUAGUGAUGGAUUUGUACCCUCCAGGGGCUUCUAUUAGAAAUUUGACCUGCCCUUACUGCAAUGUCAUUCAGCCUCCAAGAGCUAAGCAUUGUCAUGAUUGUGACAAGUGUGUCCUUCAGUUUGAUCAUCAUUGUGUUUGGCUUGGGACAUGCAUAGGACAAGGAAAUCAUUGUCGUUUUUGGUGGUACAUAUGUGAGGAAACAGCCUUGUGCCUUUGGACGAGCAUAUUGUACAUCAGUUACCUUAAGUCAAAUAUAUCAAAGGCGUGGUGGGUAGAUAUAAUAAUGAUCUUGCUUCUGGCUGCUUUGUCAAUUUCUCUGAUCUUUUUGCUCCUCCUCCUCCUCUUUCAUAGCUACCUUGUUAUGACUAACCAAACCACUUAUGAGCUUGUAAGACGGCGGCGAAUUGUGUAUUUGAGGGGGAUUCCUGAGAGAGUAUACCCAUUCAAUCAGGGAGUUUGCAGAAAUUUGUACUUGUUCUGUUUUGCCAGAAGCGGUAUGUACAGGAUGGAACCACUACCUACCGCAGAAGAACUUGAGGAGAAGUCCAAACCUUACACAUGCGGCGAUGUUCUAUCAUGUCGUUGCUGCUAAUGGUAUGGGCGUUUGUAAUUUUAAUCCAAACAAUUUCCUGAAUGAUGGUCAGAUCGCUUAUCCAAAAGCAUGUACUUCACCUGUAUUGGAGACAAUAUUCAAUGUCCAUUUUGAGGUUGUAAGGUUUCAGACAGUUGCAGAAAAAUUUUCAUCAUCUGUAGUAGACAUAUACCUCCAUGUUACUAGUUCAGGUUCCCUCAAGUCUUGUAGCAAUAUGGACUUAAGAAAGUUGUAGUCUACUCAUUCACAUUACUGUCAUUUGAUAUGAGAAAUUAUUUUCUUAUUUUAUU